AUGGAGCCUGAAGAAACCGAAGAGCCAUGUUAUAUUCUAAACCUUCCAAACGAGCUACAAAUAAUGAUUUUUGAUCGAAUGGAGCCGGCUGAUAAGUAAGUUUUUCCCUACUUCCUCCCGAAAACUUACCCCAACUCCCAGAAUAUCCUAUGGAAAAAGCGCGCGAAAAUGCCGUCAAAUUUGGCAGCAAUCCAACAGUUUAUACGAUGGAUUUUGUUGGGAAGACACACUUGGCGAAGAUGUUCGGCUAUCUUUGAAUAACUCAUUGCCAUUCACUGGAAAUGAGCAUUUUAUUGAGUUUCAUCGAGGUUCGACGCAUUUUGAGGUGUAAGUUGAAGUUUAUUUGAGCCCAGAUCAGAAUUCAACUCCUACGUGGAAAAGCAAAAAAAAUGAUUUUUUGUUGAAAAUCUGAUAGAAUAGCGUUAUUCAUAAGUAUAAUAUGAGCAACAGCCAAAAAAAACACAGUAUAACCUGAGCAAUCUAUAAAAUUUUUUUAAAAAAUUGUUUUCAAUAAGAUUUUUUGUUGAAAAAUUUAUAUAAAAUGAGCAACUCCUCAUUCAAAAAUCUAGAAUUUAGAGUUUAAUAUGAGCAACUCCUCUGAAAUUUAGAGUUUAAUAUGAGCAACAGCCAAAAAAAAACACAGUAUAACCUGAGCAAUGCCUAUUUUUGAUCUACAAAAUUUGUGGAUUGCUCAUUUUAUGAAAAAAGUAUAUAAAAUGAGCAACUCCUCAUUCAAAAAUAUAGAAUUUAGAGUUUAAUAUGAGCAACACCCAAAAAAAAAAAACACAGUAUAACCUGAGCAAUCUAUAAAUUUUUUUUAAAAAUUGUUUUCAAUAAGAUUUUUUUUUGUAAAAAGUAUAAAAUGAGCAACUCCUCAUUCACACACCGAAAACACAGUAUAACCUGAGCAAUCUAUAAAAUUUUUGAGCUACAAAAUUUGUGGAUUGCUCAUUUUAUGAAAAAAGUAAAUAAAAUGAGCAACUCCUCAUUCAAAAAUCUAGAAUUUAGAGUUUAAUAUGAGCAACAGCCAAAAAAAAAACACAGUAUAACCUGAGCAAUCUAUAAAUUUUUUUAAAAAAAUUGUUUUCAAUAAGAUUUUUUUUUGAAAAAAAGUAUAUAAAAUGAGCAACUCCUCAUUCAAAAAUCUAGAAUUUAGAGUUUAAUAUGAGCAAUAGCCAAAAAAAAAACCGUAUAACCUGAGCAAUGCCUAUUUUUGAGCUACAAAAUUCAAUUAGAUUGCUCAUGUUAUGAGAAACGCAUAAGCUGAGCAAUACCUAAGCCACGUGGCAAAGCUGUUGGUUUAAUAUGAGCAAUGUUUAUUUUUGAGCCACGAAACUUCGGAUCAAAAAUUGUGCCAAAUAUUUCUAGUUCUUCAUAGAUUGCUCAUGUUAAUUUUUCCUUUUUGAAGCUAGUUUCCAUCCCCUUCUGAUUUUUGCCACGUCAUAACUCAAAUUGAGUUCCAGGGCUCAAAAUCUACCAUUUUUUCAGAGGUCAAGGAGAUGAAAUAACUCAAAAUCUGCAACUAGAAAUCGGAGAAGAUGGUUAUGAAAUUGCCACAAAGAAAUUCGUCUCGAAACUCGAAAAAUAUCAAAAUACCGUGAAAAGCAUCACAAUCUUUGGAAGUUCUCCAAUUAAUUUGCAAACAAUUCCGAGUUUCCCAAAUUUGCAAUAUUUGCAUAUUUAUGGAUCGAAUGACACGGUUUUUCGCGAAUUUCUAGCACGAUCUGCAAAAAAAAUGCUGAAAUAUUUAUGGCUCGAGAAUCGGGAUGGUGAAAAAAAAAGCUAUGCGGAAUUUGAGCAAAUUUACCUGGUCCGUGAAUAUUUAUUGAUUGGAUUUGGGCUAACUCGAGAGCAAAUGUUGAAGUUGUCAGCGAGAGAAAUUGAGAUGAGAAUUGGAGAUUUGAAAGCGGAAGAUAUUUUGGAAUUUAUUCGAAGUUGGCAAAAUGGAAAUAGAGAACUGCAAAGUUGUAGGUGGCAUUUUAAUACAGGGGGAUUCAGAGAUGUUUGCAAGUUUUUUGGAUUUUUUAAUUUGCACGUGGAUGAUAAUAAUCGCUAGUAAGUUAUCAUAAAUCAUGUAAAAAAAGAAAAAAAAAAUAUUUAAAUUCAAAAAAAAAAUCCACGCGCGUUGCCGUCAACGCGGAGUCUCGUUGUUUUUUUUCUUUUUUUCCAGCAAACGAAUCAGUAUUCGAGGAAUUCGCUCAACAUUUGCAACGAUUACUCAUAUUAAGGACCAAUUCUUGGAAUUUGAAGUUAUCGAAAAUCCAAGCUUGGAGGAUAUUGAUUCUGAUGGUGAUAAUUAUUAUUUGUGA